AGCAUGUUUCCACCAAAUGUACCAAAGGCUGAGCUGAGAGAAAGGAAAAAGGAGAUGUGAGUGAGGGAAGAUUAUGGAGGGUGUUUGGGCUCUGGGAUGUGGGCAGCAUUUGAAGAAGAGGAAUGCAGCAGACAGUGGGUAAACACCGCUGGUAGCUAGAAAACACACACACAUAGGCAGACGCAUUAACACACACACACACACACACACAGUUCCCGAGGGUUUGACUGGAAAUUUAAGACAAUCUGUCUCAGUUCUGCAGCUCCUGAACAAACAGGACUGUAUUUUUUACCAUCUGUCUCCAUGGCUCUCCUGUGUUGUGUCGUGUUGGCGCUGCUGUGUGUUUGUGCCUCAGCCACUGUUGUAGCUGACAUAGACUAUGGAGGAGUUCCUCUGUGGAUUAAUCGUCUGCUUGGUGAGCCCAGUGUGCUGAGCCUGCAGGGACGGAUGGACCGAUCCUGGUUCCAAGCCAACAACCCAGAGGCUUGCCCCCAUCAGUGUGACUGCCCCAUCCAGUGGCCCACAGCGCUCUACUGUGACCACCGAGGGCUGGCAGACAUUCCUGAGCGCCUGCCAGACAGAACUCAAUACCUGUUCCUACAGCGCAACAACAUCACAUCCCUGUCCUCCUUUUCUCUGACCAACAUUACUGAUCUACGCUGGCUCAUCCUGGACCACAACCAGCUGCAGAGCGACAAGCUGGACCAGGCCGCCCUGCAGAACCAGAGCCAGCUGUGCUACUUUUUUGCCAACCACAACCACCUGUCAUCAGUGCCCAGUGCUCUACCAGCUGGACUCGAGCAGCUGCGACUGGCCCACAACCAAAUCAGCAGCAUAAGCCCUGGAGCUUUCCAGAACCUGCACAACUUGACGUUGUUGCUACUGCAUGGAAACAGAUUGCAAACCAUCAAAGAGGGAGACCUCAAAGGUCUGCUCAGUCUGAACCUGCUGGACCUCAGCGGGAAUUUGUUCUCGUCCGUACCCAGACAUUUACCCCCAUCUGUCCAACAGCUCUAUCUGUCCAAUAACACUCUCUCUGGGCUGGAUGAGGACAGCUUUGUAGGUUUUUUCAACCUUAAGUACCUUCGUCUUAGUCAGUGUGGUCUGCAGAGCCAUGGUGUCCACCCGCAGGUCUUCAACCUCUCCAGCUUGGUGGAACUGGACCUCUCUUAUAACAAACUCAGCACCAUUCCCACUGUCCCCACCACCCUGCAGUACCUCUACCUGGAGGCCAAUGAAAUACAAGGGCUCAACAUGACAAGUUUCUGCAGAGAGGUGGGACCUCUGUCCUACUCCAGGGUGAAGGUAUUACGACUGGACGGAAACAAGUUGUCCUACCAACAAUUCCCCCCUGACUGGGUCUUCUGUCUGCGAGUGCUUGAAAGUAUUUACAUCUGACUUCAACAUUCUCAGCAUGCAUCAAAAAUAGGAUUUUGUAUGUGACUGGAUGUGAUGACUACAUGUGAUUCAUCUCGUGAUACACAGUAAAAAAAAAUACAAAAACCAAAAUGUGACUCAGUGUAAGACAAAGAACUCGGCCUUAAAGUUGAAAACUGACCUUCAAAAUAUGCCAAAACCUGACCUUAAAUCACUGUUAUUUUACUGUAAGUCUUCAAAACAUCUCACACACCGCCGGUGCAUUCCCUUGAGUUUCUCUCUCUCUCAUUCCACCUUCAAGUUCUGCCUCAGCAUGGUCGUACAUCUGUGUGUUAUUACUGAAUAGGAACUGUGACAAACCCUCUCAUUUCUGACCUUACAGAAUAAUAACGUCUGAGCUGUCUUACAGGGAGAAAGGGAAACAUGUAUGAAUGGUAAAAUUCAGUAGCUCUCCCUUGAGAGAAUGUGACUCAGUUAGCUGGACAGCCACACCAGUCCAGACAUCAAGCCCGGUGGAACAUUAAUUUGUUUUGGCGUAAAUAUUAAACAUUUUCAAGCUUUCUGGACAUCUUUUUGCAGAGCAUUGUGACUAACUCUGGAUUUGGCAGCCACAGUCCAUCAUCCUAAUUAUUACAUUUGGUUAACACAAGCAAAAGACAAAUAAAGUGGACAUUAAUAUGAUAUUGUGUAUUUGCUUCUUUUUUUUUUUUUUGAAGAAAAAUAAAUCAAUAACUGAAAUAUUA